AUGUUGGAGGUUUCUAAGAGCAGUUCUUCUGAUGAAGCAAACAUAGGUGCAUUGGUUGCUGAGGAAGCCAUUGCUGAAGCAAGAGCAAAGCAUGCUGCCAAACAGGCCGAAACAUCAAGUGUUCCAACCGGUACCUCCACUGGUGUAAAGACUAGAGCUGGAAAGGAGAAGGCUACACAAAAAGAAAAACCAGUAGAAACAAAGAAGGAAAAACCUUCUAAGAUUCAAUUUCAGAGGAAAGGUAAGAUUGUUGAACCUCUCACUGUACCGGUUAAGACUGGUAAAAGGAAAAAGCAACAAGCACAGAAACUGGUAGAUACUGAUGAAGAAGUGACUGAGUCCAAAGGAGAAAAGAAAGCCCUAAGGGCCAGUGGCAAAAUGUCAAAGGUUGUUGGUACUUCUACUAUGAAAUCUUCGAGGAAACCAGUAACAAAGUUCGCACCACUUGAAAAUUUAAUGAUAAACAUUAAAGAGUGUGGCUUAUUGAUUGGUGUGAAGAAACUGUAUGAUAAGUUUAAUGGAGAUGAACAAAGACAUAUAGAAGAUGCGAUUGCAACCAUAAAACAAGACAGGGAAUUCAUUGAAUAUAUUCUGAAAAACUUGCAACCUGAAGCUACUAAGGAAGAGCUAGAUGAAAUUCUUGGUAAGGUACUAGGUUUGAUUCCGGAUGAAGAGGAAGAAGUUAAGGAAGUUGAACCAAAGAAGUUUGAGGCUGAAGAUCUCCCUAAUGGUGUUAAAAUAACUGAUUUUAAGGCUGAUGAAAUUGUGCUAGAUAAUCAACCGGCGAACACUCAAACUGAACCUGAGAUUAUCCCUGAUGAUGAUGAUACCGAUAUUAAUAAUGAUGAUGUUCAUGCUCCUGACAAUGUAAUUGUACAAGAUAUUGAUGUUGAAAUGUCUAAGCAACAUGAACAAGAACAGGUACAGGGAGAAAAGAAGAAUGAAGAUGAAAAGAAAGAUGAAGAGCCACCGGUAGUAACUCAAACUGUUGAUACACAACCCCCACCGGUACAAGACACUGCACAGGAUAAGGAAAGUGGAAAGAAAGAGGAGAAGAAGACAUAA